GCCAUUGUGUAAGUCAGACUGAAAGAACAUUUUAUUAAAGCUGGUAAGCACAUUCUUUGGUACGAAAUUUUCAAGGCAGUGUUAGGAUGUCAGGUCAAAAUACGAUUUUGACAGCUUUAGAUGAAGCGUUUCAACUGCAUGAAAGUGAGACAGUAAUAGAACUUGGACCGGAUCGCAUAUUGCAGUUCAUUGGUGUUCGUCUGGUUAUUAUUCUAGCAAUCGCUGUCAAAUUGACUGAACUGAUCGUCGGAAAUAUCACGUGUCAUCCAGUGAAAAACGAAACUGGAUAUUCCUCAGAUUUCAUCAAAUAUUGUGAAACUUAUUGCUGGGAAUCACCAGUGAUAAAAUAUGUCCAAGAUAAUAACAUCCAGAACUUGUGCAAAAACAAUUUUAAUGUAAACGAUGGAGAACUUCUGAAACAACCAAAUGAAGCAAUAAAUGUGAUGAGAUGGAUGCCUUAUGCAAUGCUUUUUCAGGCGUUUUUGCUUUCUCUUCCCUCUGCAUGGUGGCACUUAAGAGUUGGGGGGCGAUUGAUGGGACAUUUGAAAUUUAUGAAACUAUUUAUUGAAAGAAUGUAUGAGAAAGUCAAAGAUGUUCCUGCAGGAGUAUACCAUUCGAGGGAAUACUAUGAUGGUAGUCUACAUGUUAACGGUUGGGAACAUUCUUCACGACAUCAAGACGGCGAAGUAGUUCUGGUUAACAAUGAUACCCCGGGUAUUAGGGAUGAAGUCAAUGAAUUACUGGGGAAGGUCAGAGGACACACUUUAACCCGGGAAAAUGACAAAGAGAUUAAUCAUGAAGAUCCCGAAAAUGAAACAACGAAAUCAAUAAAUUCGACACAAGGAAUUACACAGAGUGAUGAAUCCAAAAUGCUUGACAGACACUUAUUUUCAAUGCUGUGUUACGAGAAUUUUUCUUCCCUGGAAUGUUAUCCAUACCUACUGUCUAUAUUUCGACUGACUUUCUUAAAACACUUUGAAGACCAAGAAGGUGUCUAUCCAAUGGAUGACGCAAUAUUACACCAGUGGUGUCACAAAGAAAAUUUCAGCAGUCGAUUUCUGGUUAUCAGAUAUUACUUGAAACACGUAUUUUCAAUUAUCAUAUCAUUGGCGAUAAUUAGAGCAACAGCUUUUGUUUUUGAAAUUCUGGGAUCUGACAUAUGGGAAUCAGAAAACUUUCUGUGCAAUGUGUUAUACUAUGAAAAUGAACACAUUGUCUGCACUCUCCACAGAAAGACCGAAAUGCUGGCGUUUCUUGUCAUUAAUUUCAUAAUUAUUACUAUAUAUCUGAUUAUAUCUUCAAGUCACUUAUAUUUUACUUCAAGAAGUCGCAAUCGGCAAACGAGCUUAUUUUUUGAACAUAUCAAAAAUCGAGGAAGCCUAGUGAUGUUGGCAGCACUACGUGAAAUGCAGGACAAAGAGAAAAAUAACUCAUAAAUAUAUGAACAAUUUGAUAUUAUAUAUGU